GUAUUACGAGAGUGCACUUAAGUUUAGAACUCCUUGGUAACCACAAGUUACGUUGCAAGUGUCCAGAAAGAAGCGUUCAUGGUACCAUUUUACUAUUUCUUGGUCCGUUUCGUUUGAUUAAUGUAAUGGUGGUGGUCGUGGUGGGAAAAUCGAAACCGACUACAACAAUGUAACUUAUAUCAAUACCGACCAAAAGCGGUUUGAGUUUACUCUUCAUCGUGUCUUUCUCGUCACUUGCCACACAAUUUUCAGUACGAAAGAGAGUUAGUUUAUUUAUUUCCAAGAAGAUAUUUAAAUCUUGGAGGAUUAUUUUUGUUUUUGGAAAAGUGGUUUUAAUUAAGUUUUAAAAUGUCUGAAGUAAAAUGGGUAACCGAACCAAACGAUUACAUUUGCACCCUUCCAAAAGAAACUCAAGAUUUAGCUAAAGAGGAACUUCGAGAAGAUGAUAACGCGCGAAGACAAGCUUUGGAAUCGAUGAGAGAAUGGAUUCGGAUGAAUCCGAAAAUAUUAAAUUCACGUUUAGAUGCUAAUUUUCUCUUAAGGUUUCUUCGUUUCAAAAAAUUCAGUGUUAUGCAGGCUCAAGAAGCGAUGGAACGCUAUCUUUUAUUGCGCCAAUCUUUCGGAAUUGCUUUCAAUAAUUUCGAUAUGAGAAUCCCAAUGAUGCAAGAUUUAACCGAUUUGGGAUAUAUGUUUGCUUCGCCUAUAAGAGAUAGGUUAGGAAGAAGAGUUAUUAUAGCAAGACCAGGUGUUUUUGAUUUGGAAAAAUUUACAAAUGCGGAUAUGUGCAGAAUUCACGGAAUCGUUUAUGAAACGCUUUUGGAAAAUGAAGAAGACCAAGUUAGGGGAUUUGUUCAUAUUGCAGAUGGUCAAGGAAUUGGGUUUCCUUAUUUAACACUUUUUACUAUUAAAGAGGCCGUUCGAAUCGUUAAAAAUGGAGAAAGAACAUUACCAAUGCGUCAUAAAGAAGUUCACGUAAUAAAUGUGAACCCAUCAAUGAAAUUCGCCGUCGAUUUCGGAUUGUCGUUAAUCUCUGAAAAAAUCAAAAAACGUUUCCAUUUUUACACAUCAAAAGACGACAUGUUAAAAGCAGGAAUGAUUGAAAAAAGAGUUCUCCCUAAAGAAUAUGGAGGAGAUAUUCCAAUGGCAGAAAUGAUUUCCCAAUGGAAAGAAGAACUUUACAAACGGCAGCCGAUAUUAUUAUCUCACGAUGAUAUGGCAGUUCGCGAAGAAUUAUUUUCCCCACAAGCCCGAGUUGGUGCUGUUUCUGCUUUGAAACGAAACGGAACUACUUGCGGAAGUUUAAGUAGUCAAGAUGACGUUUUAUAUGGAGUUACCGGAAAUUUUAGAAAAUUAGAAGUAGAUUAAUAUGUUUGUUUAUGACGUAGAUUACUUUUAUAUAAUUUUAAAUUAAUAAGGUUUUUUGGGAUCCAAAAUAAAUAGAAUUUUUUAAAUCGC